ACACAAACAAGGAAAGAGGAAAACAACUGGAACCUCUUUUCAUUUGCAGACAGACCUUUCAACCUCUUUGACCUACUCUCAAGGCCAAGGCCAAGGCCAAACCCUUUACUUUUUCUUUCUUUCUUUUUACUGUGUUGUACAGUGGUUGUUGUUCUUUACUUCUUUACCCUUUUUUCUACUUCUUUAUAAACCGACUCAGUAAGAAGAGAAAGAGAAGGUCAUUUCUUCUUUCUCUGGUUUCUGUCAAGGUUUCAGUAAGCUAUGGAUAUGGUGCAGCUCAAGCCUUUACUCCUCACCCUUCUCUUCAUUUCUCACAUUGCAGUUGAAGUUUCAUCAGCAACAAUUGCAUUCCACAACAAAUGUUCAUACCCAGUAUGGCCAGGGAUUCAGCCAAGUGCAGGGAAACCCAUUUUAGUUAAAGGUGGAUUUAAGCUGAACCCCAAACAAGCUUAUUCAUUAAGGGUACCACAAGAUUGGUCAGGGAGAUUCUGGGGUCGUCAAGAUUGUGUCUUUGAUGCAAGUGGUAAAGGUCAUUGUGGAACUGGUGAUUGUGGUGGUGCCUUGUACUGUAAUGGUGCUGGUGGUGAACCACCUGCAACCCUUGCUGAAAUCACACUUGGUGAGCUUGAUUUCUAUGAUGUUAGUCUUGUUGAUGGUUACAACUUGGCCAUUUCUGUCAAACCAUUCAAAGGUAAAGGAGGAGCAUGUAGUUACACUGGUUGUGUUAAAGACUUGAAUCAAAUGUGUCCAGUUGGUCUGCAAGUGAAAUCUUGUGAUAAUACAAGAGUUGUUGCUUGUAGAAGUGCUUGUUCUGCUUUCAACAAGCCAAGGUAUUGCUGCACUGGUGAGUUUGGGAAUCCUAGCACCUGCAAACCAACAGCUUACUCAAAGGUCUUUAAGAAUGCUUGUCCUAGAGCUUAUUCUUAUGCUUAUGAUGAUCCUACUAGUAUUGCAACUUGCAAAGGUGGAAAUUACUUGGUUACUUUCUGUCCUCAGCAUUAAAAUCUAUCUUAUGUAAUCUUUCACUCUCUAGAAUGUAUUGCUGCCUUCAUCAAAGGUCAGUUUAAUCUAAUAGUUUUAGACUUUUAGUAUGAUUAUUAUGUUAAGGGAAUUCUCAUGUGGGGGGGUGUAAUAGAAACAGUUUAACGCUUAAUCUAGUCACUACUUUUAGUAUAA